UGUACUAUAAUGCUGACAGUAUCUUCACUACAGCAGCACAAACAGUUCAGUGCUAGUCUGGACCGUUCAACUCAAAGGAUUAUAAAUACUGUACAAAAUCGCCAGCAAUGAUCUCAAGUAGACAAAUCUUUACUGUCAUAGGACUGCCAAUGACGGUCGCCGUAGUUUAUUUAAUGUCGAUUUCGACAGUCGAAAGAAGUAGUAGAAUAUAUCCAAAUGCACAGCAAUACAGAUACGAUUUCAAUGACAGUAGGUCUACAUUUACCAUCAAUAUACCGUCGUACAAAUCUAUAUUAAGCCAGAUCCCCGUUGCCGAGCCCGUAUUUAAUACGAAAGGUAUCGGUUCAAUGGGAUUCACAGAUUCAAGUAGAAGUACUUUUCACUUGAAAUACAACGACAGUGACAUUAAUGUCGGCGAGUUUUUCAGUGUAGUAAUUGAAUCACGUGACAAGAAUGGACGCCAUCGUGUUCUUGGUGGCGAUUUUUGGUACGCGACCAUUAAAAUAGGAUAUUGUUCUGAAGCGGGAAAGAUUUUAGAUUUUCAAAAUGGUACAUACGAAGUGGUUUUCUUUGCUGCUUGCCCAGGAAAUGUGAAGCUCACUAUCAUUCUCGUCCACACUGUGGAGACUGUACAUUUCUAUAAACAUACUGUUUGGUCCAUGGAGGAACGUAAACUAUGGAACGCCACAUACAAAGUUGGAAAUAAGGAGGAGUAUGGAUUAUGCCGGAUACACAAUGUUGGAAUCUGGAAAGAUAAAUGUGAAUUUCCCCACCCAAAGGCAAUGGGUGGCUCACUCAUGUUGUGUGACCCACCCCGAACGUUACCGUGCUCAUCUCUUUAUGGUUUACGCUCGAAGGGGGAGACUCAGGAAAUAUUAGCCAACGCUUAUACAUCAUUCUUAACGGAUCAUGAAGAUUUAUUUCGAAGAAAAAUCAAUUUUGGAUAUUUAACGAACGGGACAGAUACAUUUACCAUCCAAAGAGCAGGUGAAGAAUCGAUGAAUGUGCACAAAACGUUAAUGAAUUAUAUAAAAAGACCAGAGUGCACGCCGGACACGCCUGAACCAAUAAAUGACGGCUUCUGGUACAGGAAUACUUGGCACUCGUUCGCGUGUCGAAGCAGAUCCUGGUCCAGAAAGCAGAUACGCACAUGUAUAAACAACAAGCGACUCAUCUUCCUGGGCGACUCUACAACAAGACAGUGGUGUGAAAAACUACUUUUACAUCUCGAUGUGGACGUACCUGAAGAUUUGUCUCGUAAAGGCUACGAUAUCGUUACUGAUUUUCUGAAUUUAACUUUCCAAUUUCAUCCGUAUGUCCUUGGAAAUGGUAUAGAGAAGGUGAGUGAAGGCAAGUUCGAGGUGGACGUAUUAGACUCAUUGGCAACUGAUAACUGUCACUAUGUAAUCAUGAUAAGCCCGUGGGCUCAUUAUGAGGUCUGGACAAAGGAAGCUUAUUUGAGUCGAUUAGAACAUAUCAAAGCUGGUAUAAUCAGUUUUCGUCAAAAAUGUCCUGAUACAAAGUUCGUCAUCAAAAGCCCCCAUCCGAGACGCCAUUCAUCCAAAUCCUUACAAACCUUCAUAAUCGCUAGACUGACUAGUGACGUAUUGCUGUACGAGAUCCGGAACCUAAUGCACGAUACUUUUAAAGGAAUGGGGAUCCAUUUUAUUGAUAUUUGGGACAUGAACUUGGCAUAUGAUUCGCCAAACACGAUUCACAUGCCAUUGGAAGUUGCAAUCCAAGAACUGUUUAUGUACUUUUCACACAUUUGUCCAGAUAUAACAAACCAAUAAAUUAUCGACCUAUUUAAAAAAAAACAAAAAAAAAAACAAAAAAAAAUUGGCUUCUAUGCUUAGACGAGUUUUAUAUAUAUAAGUUUCAACUUCAAAAGCUAUAAAUACCAAAUAUAACUGUAACAGCCUAAGUUGCGAAA